UAUUAAUAGCAGUGUGUGAUGGAAUUACUUGAAUGCAAAAUGCCAUUCCAUUCGCAAUACCGUUUGUAUUUCCACUAAAAUAACUAUUUACGAUAUUACCAAUAUUACGAAACUGUGCUAAAUCUCUUUAGUAUUUGAAGUAUUCUGAAUACAUUUUCCAUCUAAAUUCAAGGUCCCAUCGUUACCCAUUUGCGUUACCCAUUUCUUUGGUAAAAAUUACACAUUAUUUAAGACAACGUAAUUUAUUUACAACAGAUCGACUUUACUAUCAACUGCAGGGAGGGUUUAAUAAACUUCCAGUAUAAAUUAUUUUUCAUUCACAGCAAUUAUACACACAAGUUGAUAAUUUAAAACAACAUAAAUUCUUCUGGAUUUAACAGUCUUAUUCUCCGUCAUAACUAUAGUCGGGAUUGGCUUGUUUCUGAAUUUCUUGUCUGAGUGAGAGAUAAUACAAAACGUGCUGAUAAUAUAUUUAAUUGAAAUAUUAUCAUGGAAUAUGUAUGCACCAAUGUACUGACUGAUCCUACUUUCAUUACUUUUGGCCGACUCCAUAUUAAAUUCUUGUGUAAUUUUCCUCAGACACUCUUACGAUGGGAGACAUUUAGCAGUGUGUUCUUUGUGUGGUACACUGUUAUUUUGAAAAAAAUCCGUAUUAAUAUUCGUAGUUAACAGUUAUAUGCAGUUAAACACACGAUUUUGCCUUAAAGCAUAUUCCAGCACGCAGUGCUAUUUAUUUGAACGCAACUGUAUAUAAUGAAUUAAUUAGAAUGGAUUGGCAAUUUCAGUUGAAUUGAAUAUAAAGGUAAGGCAGAAGCAUUCAACCGCCACAUGCCAAACAUAUUGAGGACAGCGAUGCUAUGAACCAUGGCACUGAUGCUCUCUGAAGAGUUUGUUGUCACUUUGUCCCAUUGUAACGGCGCAUUUUCGCUCUCCGUUUGCUGGAGAAAGAGACAAUACGUGUGAUCGCUUACGCUAUUGUAGCACGAAGACUUCGCCUAACCUCGCUCAAUGAUUGUUGAUUACUUAAAUUUUAUUUUAAGCAACAAUUUCAUUGGCAAGUAAUCAACACAUAUAAUGAGAUGAGAGAACAUACUUCGCGCAACUCACUCUGCUCAGUUGCCGUGACAGAGAGGCCGCAAAGAAAUUGUGGUGAUCUACAUUCUUAUCUUUCAUGUUCUCUUUUUUGCUGAGAAUAUAUUUUAAUGAACAUAUGUAUGGGUGAGUUCAUGACUACCCUGACGCAACCAAAUUUCUAUUUCAGUAUUUCUUCUACAAUUUCUCUCAGUUUGCCCAGCAUUUUCUUGUUGUUUGGGAGAGUUAAAUUUUCUCUUUUUUUUGCGUGAGAACGGAAAUAUUAGCUUUCCAAAUACAAUCGCUAGAGUGGCUGUGAUUCUCUUGCUCGUUUCUCAAUAUAUAAGCAAUUCACUAUCAGUGACUGAAUAUAAAGCAAAGCAGAAAUUAAUUCAGUUUCAUUUCUGUGCUGCGUCUCUUGUAUACGGAUUAAGGUGAGUGCUUUUUAUUAAGUGUAUAAUAUAAUAAUUACUGCGAGUGAAAUAAGGAAUAAAGAUGUGAAAAAAUUAGUUAAUUACUAUUAUUUUAUUAAUUCAACAGGCUCCUAUAAAACUAAAAAUUGCCGCAACAGGAAUUGCCUGUGUGAAAGGGCUCUUAAGAGUGUGUACAUCAUCAAUAUUUAUAACAGCGUGUACUGGGUAGGCGUAUGAGUAACAAUAUUUUGUAUGGAAAUGUAAAGACAGAAGAACUAAAGUGAAUAUCAGAAAAUAAUAAAUCUGAAUGAGAAAUUAACAAUCUUUUUAAUAAAUCGUUUAAAAUUCAAAUCAUUAAAUACACAUUUAUAAAUACCUGUGUAUAGUUAUAAAUAUAUUUUAUACAAUGUUUGAGUACAUUUUUAUUCUAACUCUUAUUAAAAACGUAAUGCAGUAAAUGUAUUAAGCACAAAUUCAAACAAAAUUUUAUUUAAUUUACAAUACUUUUAAUCUAAAAUACUUCUAGGUGUACCUAGGGAAAGUACUUAUGUACUUGAGUUUACCAAUUUCUGGCACGGUGUCACACUACUAUCAGUGAAAGACGCAAUCUGAAUUCCCUUAGAAUAUUUUUUGAGAGAUUUACCGCAAAGAAAUAGUUGCAUGCAGUGUGGUCCUCAUGUUCGACAUCUUGGGUUUUGUAAACUGUGAUCCGAUUUUGACUAUGUCUAGAGUGAUGCUACACCUUGAAUAAAUUAUUUUUGUUAAGCAUCAUUUCAAUAUUUUUAUUGCUAAUUCAUUAAAAUAUAUUGUAAAGCGAGGAAUCGGAUCAAAUUCAAAAUAGCGUUAUAUGCAAAGUAGGCGUGUUAGCAUCAAUAUAUCAUGGAAAUAUUUCGUAGCAUUUUUAGUUCAAACUGGUCAAGUAGUUCCUCAGAUAUGGGUUUACACCUAAAAUGUUGUGCUUCUGGGGUUUUGGGUUAGGGAGAUAGGCUUUAGAUGAAACAACAAGUUGCGAGAAUAUUAAAAUAAAAUUAUGCUAAGCGGCAAGUUUUCGUGAUUUUCGCUAAAGUCGCCCGUAAUGGACUUACUGCUCAAAUAUAAUGUACUCGACAUACUUAUGGGAGCCAGAAAUUAGAAAGUACUUCGAUUGUAAUAAUAUUAAAUAUAUUAAAAAUACUUCUCUAUUCACAUAUAUUUGAAGUUAUUCUGUAAAAUGAAAAAUAAACUCAUAUUAUUUGUACUUUUCUUCGCGCUACUCCUCGCAACGAGCACGAAAGGGGCUGACCCUGAUGAAGGGUCUUUGACAAUUUACGUGGACGCGGGAAAGGAUAUAGAUAGUUUUCUAAGUUUUGCCAAAACAAUCGAAGGAAAGCAAAGUCUAAUAGAUGAUGCACUGAAAAGCCUGUCUUCGGAAAUAAAAGCAUUAAAAGAAAGAAUGACCGCGGAAGCCAAAGCAACCGAGGAGAGAUGGACUCAACGAAUGACCGCGGAAGCCAAAGCAUCCGAGGAAAGGUGGAAUCAACGAAUGUCAGAGAAGAAAAAAACAGCGCAAGGAAGAAUGCCUGCGGAACUCACACGGUUGAAUCCAAAAGAAGUUGAGUUAAGCAACCAGCUUGCCAAAAGUACCGAUGUUGCUACACCUCACAAACGUCCAGCAGAGCUUGCUUGUGAAAAAAUAACUAAUGAUUUGCGAUCGAUUGGAGAGACCACAUUUAAUGACAUCGCGUACUACUCAUUGAGGCUUUAUACUUCUAACAUCCUAGCUGGCCUCUGCAGCGGCAAUUUGAUUGACAAACGUUUUUUAUUAAUUGCAGCAGAAUGCGUAUCAACUGGUAGUUUUACGAAAGUAUCGUGGGACAAUUCAACGUCGAUUAAAAUAAAAGCAAUUCACAUACAUCCCGAUUUCUCUUCAAAAACACCUUCCCUUAACAAUAUUGCUUUGAUUGAACUGGAGAGUGAUGUGGCUUACAAUUCCGAUUGGUAUCCAGUGUGCUUAUACGCAUCCGAAGUGAUUCCAGAGAAUUUGAUGGGAGCAUACGGAAAAGUUCAGAUUGUGACAGACGCUGAAUGUUUUAAUAAGACCGGUACACACCUAAAGCCAUCAUAAAUAUGUGCACAAAAUUUGCAAUUUGAGCGCACUCAGACUGGCUGGGCAAUAUACGAAGUUCAAAACAAUUUCCCCAAAUUUUUUUUUUUUGGAAUUGUAGCAAGGAUUCUUACAAUUUUGAACCCUUUGUGAUAACAGAAGUGUUUGAUCACUUGAACUUUAUAGAAAGCAUUCUAUGGCCGAAGGGUGGUAAUUGAAUUUCGAAUGUAAUAAUUUUCGAUGAUAAAAUAUGCAAAUAAAGUUAA